UUUCUCAGGACGUGUGGCACCGAUGCCGUCUCUCACCAAGUAGGCCUACUCCAGAAUGAAGGAUUUGCAAAAACCGGAAUUGGGAAAAUUGCCAACGGUGCACGCGCACUCUUUGAGAAAUCUGUAGUACCUUUUUUUUGUAUUUGAUUGAAUGAAUGAACACUUCUGAGUGAGAGAAGAAUCUAAACCACGUUUUCUUUUAACGGAUUGAGUUCUUAAUUUGUCGACGUUUCGACUCUUGCUCUAUAGUCAUUCCUAUUAUUCACGGCCAGUUGAAUAUCUUUGAGAGUGGCGAGGAGUGACACUUCUUCUUAUCAACGGACUACUACUAUACUGCAUAGGGUCUUCAACUCUCAACGUGGUGCAAACUAGUUUGCCAGUGACCCCUAUGUGUAAUUUGCCGUAAAGCUUUUGUGUAGCGUUAGUGUAUUGUCGCCCCGCUGUGUAUUGUACGACUUCGCCUGUUUAUGCUCUGCUGGAGAAAUGAAAUUCCAUAAUUUCAAUAGCUUCUAAAGUUUUGUUGUGUAGGCUAUGACUCGGUCAGCAAGCACGCAAUUUAACAGUGAAUAGAGUGCUCUUUUGUCAUUAAUAUUACCCAUUCAUGCAUCGAACUACAAGUGCAACUACGUUAGCGGUACCUGUACGAGUUCGGGUUAGUAAUUACAGGCGUGUUUAGUAUUGUAGUAUUGGCAUUAAAAAUGUUAUCACUCGAAAUGGCGGUGCUCGCGUCUUUGGCGUGCAUGUCGCUUAUGGUUAUUCCGAUUGCUUGUGUCGUUGACCCGAUCGUAAGUACGACUUCAGGGGUUCUUCGAGGUGUCCUUGCACAAGAUCUUAGUGGGACUGAUUACUGGUGUUUUAAGGGGAUACCCUACGCAGAGCCACCGACCGGGGAGUUGAGGUUUAGUGCCCCGGUGGAAAAGGCAGCGUGGGACGGUACGUUCAACGCGACCAAGUACGGACCGUCGUGUUGGCAAGACAUCACGGGUGUGGCCACAUUCUACCCUGAUUACGUCGUGCAGAUACCAACGGAAGCCGCCGUGCUUGAUGAAGAUUGUCUGUCACUAAAUGUGUACACUCCGGUGGAUGUUAAUAGCAAUGCGUCUGGGCCCGGUCUGGCUGUUAUCUUUUACAUCCAUGGGGGGAGCUACUUGACGGGUCAGGGGAGUGGAUACGACGGGUCCGCCCUGGCAGUUCGCGGUAAUGUCGUCGUGGUCACUAUCAACUACCGGUUGAAUUUCUUCGGGUUCUGGGGUACAGGCGACGAGAACGCUAAGGGGAACUACGGUCUGCUCGAUCAGCAGUUAGCGCUGAAGUGGGUCAACGAGAACAUCGCUGCCUUUGGGGGCGACCCGAGCAGGGUGACUCUUUUCGGCCAGUCUGCAGGUGGCGAUGCUGUGACCCUUCACCUCUUCGCUAACGCCAGUCGCCCGCUCUUCAGACGUGUCGCUACCCACAGCGGACCCAUUGCGUCCACAAGCAUGCUGAAGCCUACAAGCGAGAUUGAAGAUCUCACCACCCGUAUCGGGAAGGCUACGGGGUGUAACUAUAAAGAUACUUCAAGGCUUCUCGAAUGCUUACGGGAUGCUGGCAAUACGCCUGAGGCGCUCUUCGCACACGGCGCUGCUGUGGCCGACAGCAUCAGCCCGUUACCCGUUGUGUACGGCCCGUUCAUUGAUGACGUCUUCUUGUCUUAUGAUUUUGACCGUCCGGACUUGUUUCAUGAUCUUCUGGUCCUGCAUACUUCCGGUGAUGGGUCGGUCAUUCUAGACUCGGGGACUGUCCCCGAGUUCAACCCUAUGGAUGGAAUAUCACAAGAGCAAUUUGACCAUGUACUGCGUUUGUUUGGGCUGGGAGAGUUAAUCAAUCUCGCGGUUACUCGUGGUUACACCGAUCAGGACCAGGAUGGAAUCUCCCGUAUGCAAUCUCUCACGGAUGUCAUGCUGGACUACAACUACCUCGCUAGCCUGUCCAGGCUACUGAAAGGGCUGCCGCCUCUGGGGUUGUGCUACGCGGCUAUAUUCGACCACCGGAGUGACGCGGAUGACAGAUAUCCACAACUCAACCUGGUGCCUCAUGGAGAGGAGUUAUCUUACGUGUUUGGAUUGCCUUUCAGUAUGGCGUCCAGCUUCACUAAUGAUGAGAGGUGGCUCAGUCAUCGGGUCAUGACCUAUUGGUCAAACUUUGCCAAGAGCGGAGAUCCAAACGUCAACCCAGAUGACCCCCCGAGUGUCAACCUGACGUACUGGCCCAAGUACGGUGACGCGGAGAAGUACCUGCUCAUCCAACUGGCCGACGACACACCGGGUGAAGCAUACCGCCAGGAUAAGGUCAUGUUCUGGACCGACUACCUCCCCAAUCUCCGCCGGGCCGCUGUGGAGUCUUGCCCCGACCAGCUGGACGGCUCGGCCACCCCGGUCUGCGAAGAGGUGUUCAUCGGCGAAGGCCUGGGCUUCAAGCUGACGCCGGACCAAGCAGAGUCACUGAUUGAAGUAUUCUUGUUUGUGAUCGUUGCUCUGCUUGCGCUGAUUAUUAUAGUAUUCGGUGCGGUACUUGGGUACAAGUUCAAGUACAAAGAAAACAAGACUCACUCCAAAUCGAACGGGCUUGUCAAGACCAACGGGUCGCUGCAGAAGAACUCGGCGUUCGAAGUGAACGAAGCUUUUUACUCCGAAUCAGAAGAUACGAAAAUGUAAAGAAAACAAACAAAUUACUGUUCAAUCGACAAACGACUAUUAGAGCCUGGCAGGUGUAGUUAGGUCAUCGACCUACUUGACUUUAUAGAAACAAAAUAAAGCAAAACAGGCUGAAAAAAUUUCAAGAAUUUUCUAUGUUUUUUUGUUUUGUUUUUAAUUAAAGAAAUAUAUUCCCGGUUUUCAAGGGACUGUUUGGGUUUCAAAAUGAACAGCCGUUGUGAGUUAUCAAACGUAAACCAUGUUGCUAUUUACUAUCACGAUUUCUUUCUUUUCGUAGACAUUAAGGAAACAUAUUCCCAAUUUUCAAGGGACUGUUGGAGUUAAAAUGAACAGCCGUUGUGUAUAUAAAACGUUAUCGGUUGCGAUUUAAUGUCACGAAAACAAAGUUAAACUCGCGCAUUGUAUAGGGUUUUUACGGAAACAUAUUUACCGCGCGUUAAAUCGAAAUACGUUUUAGGCCUUCUCUGUAAAUAAUGUUUGAUUUGGCGUUAGUGUAUUCUACAUUCAGUUAAGAAAUGUCUCUAAAUCAGGAAAUGUAAAAACCAUAGAAAAGUUUAAUACACAUAUCAAAAUGUUGUUAUUCGCACAUGACUUGAAAUUAAGUAGUUUUUGUAUUACGAAUUGUUAUGUAAAUUACGAGUAAGCACGAGGUUUCUCGAUUUCACAAAGCGGAUUGAUCUUAACUGCUAGGUAUAGUGUGAUGUCAUGAAGGCUGAUUCUUAGUGCUUUGUGAAAUCGAGCUCAUAGUUUGAGGACAAACAAUUAGAUAAAUAUUUUGAAACACAGAGAAUAAAAAAAUCAACCUUGGUUUUAGUGUUAGGAGUAUAUACAAAUUAUAAUUGUUCAGAACGGCGUAAUGUUCUAUUCACACUGCACCCCAGUAACCGACCUAUGUGAUAUUCACAGUCCUCCCUUGUCAAUUCGUUUAUGAAUACUUACCCCAGCAUCGAGCAUAGGCCUACUGUACAUCACUGCGAAAACUGUGUCUGUCCAAAAACAUGUGUCUUUAAUAUAUGUAUAUUGAAUAUUUCUGACACUUGUUUUUAGCAGCAUGUUACAGGGUUCGCACAGAGUGUCAACACUCAGUAAAUGAGAUCAGUUAUUUCGCAAGGUUGACUGUCUUUCUGACUUUUUUUAAAAGUUAACUUCACAACGAAACUUGCUGAGAAAAAGUCUCUUCUUGGCUUUUAGAAUAAAACAUGGCGUAUUAGAUUGUUCUUAACAUGAUAUAUUAUGUUCACUAAGUCGUACUGGCGAAACCUCACUCAAUUUACUGGGUCGACUGGAUGAAUUUUCCUGGGGCCCUAAAGCGGGUCCCGGACCCUACGCCGUAAAUGUUAUCUGUGUCCCCCCCCCAUCUUUCAAGACGAAUUGACGCUCCUGUUUCAGGUUAUAAAUUAAACCAUGGCGUACUAGAUUGUCCCUAACAUUACAAGUCUACAUAUUAUUAUAUUCAGUUAGUUAAACUGGCGUUAUAUAACGCCAUGUCUCACCUUACUCAAUUUACUGGGUCGACUGGAUUUACAUAAGCCGGGUUUUUCGACAAUAUUGGUACUCAAAAUUAUUGUAAGCAUAAAAACCGACUUGUUGUCAAUCAAUGGUGUGGGAAGUGUACAAAUAAUAUAAUAUAAUAUAUACCAGGUGUUAACUGCAAAAUGAAACUAAACAUUCAAACCUUACCCGUACAAUCGAAUGCCUCAAAACCCAAAAUAAAAGUAAAGUUUUGCAUUUUACACUGCUUUGGAUUUAAUGUACAAACUUACAAUCGGGGUAGAAAUCAUUUCAUACACCAAUACAAUUAAUUUAAAUAAAUAAAAAAAUUGAAAAUUAUGUGAACAUUGUUGAUGAAUUCGAAUUAAAUGUUUAGAUAAAACAACAA